AUGCUUGCCUCACACACCAACACCGGGUUAUCAAAUAGUCAAAACGAAAAAUGUAAAUGUUGUCCUUAUGGGUUUCAUCUUGACUUGGAUUUUGUUAGCUUUGCUGAAAAUGUAGCUUCAGGCCGUGAAGUAUGUUUAACAUAUAGUUAUUAGCAUUUUUAUACAGCUUUUAAAAACUAUUUCUUAAUAACAUUAUUUUUUAAUUGAUCCUAAAUUGUAAAUUUUAGUUAAGACAAAAUCUUUUAUUUAGCGCCGGAAGCCUUUAGAGUACGAUUUCAAAACUGAAAAAUCAAAACCGCAAAGUGGCAACAUAACGUAUGGCACAAAUGAUAAAUAUUUCUCACCUUCUGGUUCAAACGGGAGUGCCUUUAAAAGUUUAUCAAAGUAAGUUUUAUAUAUAUGUGGUGGUGGGGCUUUGGUGAAAGGUGUCAAAGCAUUUGGUUGUAGCCAGAGCCGGGCGCGAGAGGGGGGGGUUACUAGCUUCGUGUUUAGUUUAAGGCUAAAUUUAAAUUUUUAGGAAGUCUCUAACUGAUGUUGUUAAUGACUUGAGUGCGUUGAGCCAUAACUACGACCAUGUAACAGGUCCCUCGAUUUCAAAAACAAACUUAAACCAAAACCUUUUACCAGCACAAUCUUAUCGACAUCACCAGAAAGAUAUGCAGAGACCUUUAUACAAUGAAGUGCCUUACGUGACGGCUCAUAAUGCACAUGGAUCGCUGUUGUCAUCUGGUUACUACAAUGAAGAAAGAACACCGUCGAACGAACAUAAACCACAAUUUAUCAAUGAAUUUAGAGUGACAGAACAAAGUAAUGCUUACUCGCCAUUCGACCCGUACGCAACUUUACCUAGCACGAUAGAUCAGCACGAGCACUCAAAAACCCCUCUUACUGUAUACGCUAAUGAAGAAGUAAAGGUUUUUUUAAUUUUUCAAUAAUUUAGGUGUAAAAAAUUUUUUGCUUAAUUGUAAGAAUCAAAGUGAUAUUCAAAAAGUUAAAUCGUUUUGGCUUUUGUAAUACUUUUGACUUUAGGUUUCUAAUAUUUUUUCUGACAACGCAAAAACACUGCCAACUACACUCAAACGCGUAGUAACAUCAGCCCCAACAUCACCAACGCCUGGAAAAUGUAAGUGCUUUUGUGCUCUAAGUUUUAAAAAUUGGUAGAAGUAUUUUUUCUCAUAUGUUUGUAAAAUUAUAGUGAAAAAAACAGAAUAACUAUAAAAACACGUUUUUGUCAAUUGAAUUAAAUUUACAAUAAAAUUUUCAGCUUUCUAUACGGCACUUGGACAGUCGUUAGCAAAUUUACGAACUCGAGCGCCUAUGUCACCAAUACUCCAUAAAGAAGAUACCCCAUUUUCCGUGUCAACGAUGCAGUCCGAAUCCGCAAAUCGGGGAAGGCAGUAUGAAAGAGCCACAAAAACAAAACCUCCUUUGCCAAAACGUUACUUUGAACCCCAAAAAAGGUAUCCGCGCAUUUUGUCACCAGAACCAGAAAAAACUUCUUCGCCUAGCACGUUACGUAACUCCAACAUACAAAAUCGUACUUAUUACGCUAGCACUUCGCCAAGGGCGGAGUACAACACGGAUACAAGCCGCGAACGUACCAUACCAUAUCGAAGCAAAAGUGCCGGCCGCCUACCUUCAUUUUACGAUAACUUUGUUUCAGUGCAACGAACAGAACCCGAAACAAAGAUCACAGAUAAGCAAAGCUAUAGAAGUAGUACAACAAGGCCAGAGCCAACUUAUUCUACCUUGGAAUAUAAAAAAAUAAGGCCGGCUUACUCAACUUUAGAUUCAAGUUACUCAAAAACCGGGCCAAGUCAUUCAACAUUAACUGAAGAAAAGCCGGAAAAAACAUACUCGAGACUUAACAAGGAUUCACCAUCAACAAGGCAAGACCCAUUUGUAGAACAAUAUCAACAUUACCUUAGGUAUGCAACUGACGACAUAAAAACCAAGAAUAAGGAUCUAACAACCAAGAAAAUCGACAGUCUAACUUCCUUCAAGGAUUCGGAUAUAGUCAACAAAAAUCAUACUACUAACAAGAACGAUUUAGCAAAAAUUGUUGAUACGGACCACACCGCUAAAAAAGGCCGCAGAAGAUCUCCUAUUAGCACAAGUACUAUUGAAGAUCCUAUAAAUUUAACCUUACAUCAAUCAGUGAAAAAUUCUAACAGUCAACUUUAUCAUGACAACAACUGUUACAAAAAAGAAGAUAGUCCAGUAGAAGAUCCGUGUCCCAAAAUUACUCGCUUAGAAAAUAUUAAUGCAAAAACACCAACGUCUAAGCAAGAAUCCCAACUAUAUAACCAGAAAAUGUGUGGGGGCUCUACUCCAAUUGUUGAAGAAGUUACAAAGCCGUUGUUGAAAAAUACUAUGACACAAACACCCCCAUUUAAUGUGACUGUACCAAAAAACAAAACAUUUACAACUGUCAACACAGAAACAGAACAAAAAAUCAUCUACGAGCAGUUUACUCAAACGCAAAUAAAACUUAAACGAGAAAUAGGUUGCCAAAUUAACGUUGCCCCAAAACAAAACACCCCAAGGACAGUAAACACUUCUUCCUCUCCAAUUCACUUUAACGGCACACAUGUUUCAACCGACACAGUUGAUCUCCGAGCUCCAAAGAAAAAAUGGAAUGAAGGAUUAAGCGUGGAAUUUCAGUACUGCAUAGGUCACGAAUCUGAACACCACUUAGCAGAUCUGCUUGCCAUAGCAUCACCCAAAACGUUUUCAGACGCUGCUGUCGAUGUACGGCCAGAACUAAAAGAAAUAGGUACCCAUCAGCAACCAAUUGUUUCACAGGUAGUGUUAAUUAAAAAACUAAUAUUUGUUCUGUAUCAAUUUUUUAAUAACGACUGCAAAUUAAAACUAUAAUACUUAUAUUUAUUGUGCCAAACAUACUGUUUUACAUUUAUUUAUAGUUCAAUGGCCAAACAGAUACAAUAAAAAGUGCUGACAGAAUUCCAGUAGCAUGCCAAACCACUGCUUUUUUAACAACAUCAUCGUUAUCGUCUGAAACCCAGACUAACACAGACUGGUUACAAGAAAAAAACACAAACUUAGAAAAACAAGUGUUAGAAACAGAAAAUUAUCAACACUUAGUUAAUUCUAAUAUUGAUGUAAGUCACAACUUGGAAUGAAUAGAAGUUUGAAAGAUUUUUUUAAAAAAUAACUUUAUGACAUCUCAUUAACCUUCUAAGUGGUAUAUUACCAUAUCAUUUACAGCCAAAAUAUUAAAACUUUUAUUACAGAAGAAACAUAACGCGUUAGAAAUCACUGAAGACAACCUUGUGAAGUUGGAAGUAACAGAUAAAAAGUCCAACGAUACCUUACAAUCAGGUAUUAAGUUAACAAAAACAAUGAUGAUCCAAACAGAAAAAAAAAUUAACCAACCAAUCCAGAUGUUGAAGAAAACUAGCCCAAUGAGUGAAGAAGAAUGGGAGUUCGAGGAUCUGGAGAGACAAGUUGCACGAGAAGCACAACCUCAAAAGUUUCCAACCGUUGUGAUUGAAAGAACAGCCAUUAAAAGCGUAGAGGAAGUCAUUCGUGAGUCAGAAAAACGGAAAUCACCCCAAGAAAUCCAGGUAAGUCAUGUCAAAGGGGAUUUUAAAUGAAAACCAUGUCUUAAAGAAUCGUAACUUUUAUAGUGUUUUUAAAGUUAAUUGUGAAAAAAAUUAACUGCAUUUUGUUUUUGUGUAAAUACGCCGUAAAAACAUUAAAAUACCAUAAAGUCCGAAAGUUUGAGAUUUGUAUCUCCUUGCAGGAACAAGAAGAGGCCGAGAUGCUUGCCAAUCUUGAUCGCUUAGCAACCAUAGAUGCUGAUCGUCUGUCAAUUGAUACUGACGUACAAACAGUAAUAAUGUUAGAUGCCAUUAACCAAGAAAAAAAAGUGCAUGCCAUAGUCAAUGAAAAGGGAGAUCAUGUUGAAAUUCAAAAAAAUCUGACUCCGUACCAAACAGACGCUAUUCGAAAGUUGCUGACAGAACCAAACAAAGGCAGUUUCCAACGAGAAAGUGGAGCUUAUCGAAGCUUCAAAGUAGAAAAAACAAAAGCUAGUGACUUAGACUACAUCACAGAAAAGCAUACUCAAGUAAGCAUUAAAUCAAACAUAGCAAACAAUGUGUUAUAGAAACUAGAAUAGAAAACCAAAACAAUAAGCAAUUUUUUCGUUAAAGUUAAACAAAAGUCUUGCUUUUUUAGGCAAUUCCAGUAAAACAUAUUUUCUAACAAAUUCAAAAAAAAAUUUAAUUUUCUCAACCAGCUUUAACCCGCAACGCCGCAACAGUAAGACGGCCGUUAAAUCGGAUUUAAUCAAAGAACAGUGCGAAUGUUUACUCAUUUGAGGCCACAACUUAAAAAGAGCUAUUUUAAAUAAACUAACAUAAUAUUUUAUCAUUAUGAAUCCACUAAACCUCUUCACUAAAAACCAUAUUUAUUUUCAGGUUCUUAGGCCUCAACCAUCCACAACGCCAUCAAGUGACCCAGAAAAGCCUUUAAAAGAGAUGGUAGUACUAAAAAAAUACCAGAACAUGACAUCCAUUUUCCCGGAGCCGAUUAGCGCUAAAAUUCCAAGACCAAAGAUUACCAAAUACUCACCACAACCAGCCGAAACUGAACACGCAGAAACAGCAGAUGAAGUAAGCUAUUAUAAUUCUUCAUAAAGGCUUUUGCAUUUUAAAAACUAAAUAAAAAGUUUAUUUAGGCAGCGGAAGCACAGGAUAAACUAACUCCACUCCGAUCUGAGUUGCAAUAUUUUGAUGAAUGGCGGUCAAACCGUUAUCGUCGGUUCCGUCGUAGUCCUUACGAAACUCCACCACAAAUCGACCUGCCAGAUUAUGAUUCUGAUGAGGAAGCCACUGGAUACGACCCCAACGAUCCUGUAAGCACGUCUUCAAAUUCAAGUCUAACCUCCGACGAAGCUGACAUUGAUCGGCAAAGCAGUGAUGACGAAAAUGUUUCGUUGGAACUUUCAGCGCCGUUAAACGAAGCUUUAGAAACUUUGAACAAAAAUUUGCUAGAAGAUCCCGAAGAAAGUAUGCAUUCAACAGACUGGGCUGAGAAGUACGUACAGCAUGAAUGGCUACGAUUAAGCACAAAGAAAAACGCCAACGCUGAAAUUCUACAACAAUUUUUGAAUGCUUUGACAAAACAUUCAACUCGUUUGUUGGAAACCGUUAUAAACUUUCAAGACCAAAACGUAUGAUUUUCCUAUCUUCUGUUUUAAGUUUUACGUUAUUUUCAAUUUCCAUUUUUUUAAUUCAUGAAGAAGACUUGACAAAACAUUUUAGGGAAAUACUGCGUUACAUUAUGCAGUAUCUCAUGAAAACUACAGUGUCGUGAGUACACUCUUGGAUGCGAAGGUAUGUCGCGUAGACGAUACGAAUAAAGCUGGUUAUUCGCCGGUAAUGCUCGCUGCUUUGUGUGAUAUAAAAAAUGAGACCGAAUCUGCCAUCGUACAACGAUUAUUUGAAAGAGGUGAUGUAAACGCAAAGGCGAUAUAUGUAAGGUUUAAACGUAUAAAUUUUUUAAUUUUAAUUUUUUAUCUCAUUGUGUAAAUUAUUAUAUGUGGUUAUUCUAUUUGUUCAUAAGAGUCAAAAAACGUGAAAAAAUUAAACAAUUAAUUCGCCAGAAAUUACAAAAAAUGAGUGGACACACGUAAAAAAAAUUUUUUAUUUCAGCAUGGUCAAACAGCGUUGAUGUUAGCCGUAUCACACGGUCGUAUCGAAACGACAAAUCUUUUGCUUAAAUGUGGCGCGGACGUGAAUUUAAAAGACAUAGAUGGUUCGACUGCUUUGAUGUGUGCUGCAGAACACGGUCAUAAAGACCUGGUUAAAAUUUUGCUUAAACGCCCGGGCAUCGACGCAAGCCUUACUGAUUGUGUAGGUUUUUAUGCUAAACUUUACACAAAUUGUUGAAAUACUUCAAAGCAUAAAAAAUAUUUUUUGUUUAUUUUAUUAUUUUAAAACAUUUUUAGGACAACCAAUCAGCACUGUCCAUUGCCAUGGAAAACCAGCACAGAGAUAUUGGAGUGCUAAUCUAUGCGCACCUGAACUAUGGUCGCAGUGAUGGGCAGGAGUAA